GUGAGCCUGUUGAGGAUAAGAGAUCAGAAGAGACCUGUCAUUGGUUUGUUCCAUUUCCUCCUCAAGGGGAGAAAAGGAGAAAACUUUAGACGGACCAUGGUUGUUCUGCCUCUAUUCAUGCUGCAGGUUCUAUGGCUGGUACCACCUUCAUCCUCCAAUAUGCUGGAUCCCUCGGUGCUGCAGGGAAACGCGCCUCAGUGCUACAACCAGACCGGUAUCCAAAUCCAAUACCCAUUCGGCGGGGUAGGCAACGGCAGCAUCGGCCUUACUCCCCUCGCCGGUUUCGAGAUCGAAUGCAAUGGAAGCCUGCCCAAGCUGAAGCUCGGCAGUGACCGCUACCCGCUGCUGAACCUAUCGCUGGACGACGGCUACGUCCGGAUCGUCGGCCAGGUACUUGCAUCACGGUGCCCCGACAACUCCUCCGGCCACAGUCUCGGGCCCUACCACGUCCCCGAUCUGACGGAUACCCCCUACACGUUCUCUGCCGCGAGGAACAAAUUCACGGCCACCGGGUGCGACGCCAUGGCCCUGAUCCACGGGUCAGGCAACAAGCGAGUAAGCAGCGGGUGCGUGUCCUUCUGCGCGGACCUAGUGACCGUUACCCCAGGUGUAUGCUCUGGCGUGGGGUGCUGCCAGGCGCCGGUGCCCCCCGGGCUCAAGAGUUUCCAGUUGGAGUUCAGCAGCGUAAGAAACCUCAGCGGGUCGACGAACGAGUCGGCGAAGCUGCCGUGCAGCAAGGCGUUCAUCGUGGACAAGGCCUGGUACAAUUUCACCCGGGACGAUCUAAGGGGGAACCCGGGUGACGAGUACAGGCCCGUGUUUCUGGACUGGGCGAUCGGGAACCAGAAGUGCCAGGAGGUGAUCAGGAGGAACGACACGGACUACGCGUGCAAGGACAACAGCCACUGUAUAGAUUCGCCGGAUGUAGCCGGCUACCGCUGCAGCUGCGAUCAUGGCUACAUCGGCAACCCGUACAGUUCGGGUGGAUGCAAAGACAUCGACGAAUGCGCUCAUCCGGACACCAACCCUUGUGCGCGGAAAUGCACCAACACGAAAGGGAGCUAUAAAUGCAGUUGCCCACGAGGAACGAGGGGUGAUGGUUUGAAAACAGGCACUGGCUGCGAGAGGAUCGCGCCACUGGAUAUUGCUUUAGCUGUGGGGCUGGUUUCCUUGGUUGUUCUUUUCGUAGUAAGCUUCUGGGUGUACUGGGGACUGAAGAAAAGAAGGAUCAGAAAGCUCAAGCAGACGUACUUCUUUCAAAAUGGGGGCUUAUUAUUGCACCAACGCAUCGCCUCGCGCCAAGAGACUGCAAAGAUAUUUAGCUCAGAGGAACUUGAAACGGCUACUGACAAUUUCAAUGAGAACCGAGUGGUUGGCCGAGGAGGAUAUGGUACCGUCUACAAAGGUGUGUUAGCAGAUGGAAGAGUUGUGGCCAUCAAGAAGUCCAAACUAGUGGAUGAGACACAGAUCGAGCAAUUCAUAAAUGAGGUGGUCAUUCUUUCUCAAAUCAAUCACAGGAAUGUUGUCAAGCUAUUGGGUUGUUGUCUGGAGACCCAAGUUCCAUUGCUGGUUUAUGAAUUCAUAUCCAAUGGAACCCUUUUCCAUCAUAUUCAUGACAAGAGCACCUCUUCAAUGUCAUGGGAGAACCUUUUGAGGAUUGCUGUGGAAACUGCAGGGGCACUUGCCUAUUUACACUCUGCUGCCUCCAUACCAAUCAUUCAUAGGGAUAUCAAGUCGGCAAACAUACUCUUGGAUGAAAAUUACACAGCAAAAGUAUCAGACUUUGGAGCUUCAAGGUUGGUUCCCUAUGAUCAGACUCACAUAACCACUCUUGUGCAAGGGACACUCGGAUACUUGGAUCCUGAAUACUUUCAUACGAGCCAAUUAACAGAUAAGAGUGAUGUUUAUAGCUUCGGUGUAGUUCUUGUGGAGCUAUUGACCAAAGAAAAAGUGAUAUCUUUUUGUAGGACAGAAGAAGGGAGAAAUUUAGCUUCGCAUUUUGUUACGUUAGAAGAGAAUCAUCGCCUAUUAGAAGCAGUGGAUGGUCAAAUAGUAAAUGAGGCUGGAGAAAGGCACCUCUUUGUGGUUGCUCAGCUUGCGAAGAGAUGCUUGAGCCUGAAAGGUGAAGAAAGACCAACAAUGAAAGAAGUGGCUGUGGAGCUUGAUGCAUUAAGAAGGCUCAUGAAGCUGCACUUUGUUCCAAAGAGCCAUGAUGAGUUGUCACCAGGCACUUAUCCGAAUCCACACAACAGUGGUACAAUGGGACAGUGUAGCAUGGAGGACAGUCUAUUAUUGUCAAUGGAAUUCCCACGUUGAUAGGGUACAUUAUAUCUGAAAUAGAAAUUAAGAUAGCACAAUAUGAUGAUCAUUCUAUGCAAAUUAGACUUGCUUUUAAAAUUGUAACGUUCACCUACAAGAAUAGCUUAAUAUGACUAAGGAUGUUCUUAUGUUCCAA